UCUAUAAUCAAUUUUCGAGCUGCUGGACAUUUGUGUGAAUAAAAAUAGUGUGGUGUAUUGAGUAAUUGUUAAAAAGCUUUAAGAAGCAGCUUUAAAAAAGAUUGCAAACCAUAGCAAAAUAUUCAAUAUAAUGCAAAAAAGUUUUGGUUAAGAAAAAUAAAUCAAAUUUCGAUUUGCGAUGGGCGAUGUCGACCCCGAGACGCUGCUGGAAUGGUUGUCCAUGGGACAAGGAGAUGAGCGGGACAUGCAACUGAUUGCCCUGGAGCAGCUGUGUAUGCUGCUCCUUAUGUCUGAUAAUGUAGAUCGUUGCUUCGAAAGUUGUCCUCCUCGAACAUUUUUACCAGCACUGUGUAAGAUAUUCCUGGAUGAACUUGCACCAGAAAAUGUACUCGAGGUCACAGCGCGAGCAAUCACCUAUUACCUGGACGUUUCGGCGGAGUGCACCAGGCGAAUCGUUUCGAUCGAUGGAGCCAUCAAGGCCAUCUGCAAUCAUCUUGUGGUUGCCGAUCUAUCAUCGCGCACAUCUCGCGAUCUCGCGGAGCAAUGCAUCAAGGUGCUCGAGCUCAUUUGCACCCGAGAGGCGGGCGCCGUCUUCGAGGGCGGUGGCCUGAACUGCGUCCUGUCCUUCAUCCGGGACUGCGGCUCGCAGGUUCACAAGGACACCUUGCACUCGGCCAUGUCCGUGGUUUCUAGACUCUGCACCAAGGUCGAGCCCAACACGCCCUGCAUUCAGAACUGCGUCGAGAGUCUGAGUACUCUGCUGCAACACGAGGACGCCAUGGUGUCCGAUGGCGCUCUAAAGUGUUUUGCCUCGGUGGCAGACCGAUUCACACGGAAGUGGGUGGACCCAGCCCCGCUGGCAGAGUAUGGCUUAACCACAGAGCUGUUGAAGCGCCUCAAGAGUGUUGGAGGUAAUACACACUCUUCGCUAUCGGCGGCAGGAGCUCAACCGACUAGCUCCACGCAACCCGCUGCAACCACAAACUCGGAUGCAAUCAAUGAAAAUGUUGCGGCCACUGCAACCAUUUCCAACAGCUCCAAAGUAAAGUCAUCUGAUGCCGCCGCAUCCCCUCAGUCCAUAUCGACUACGAUUUCCUUGUUGUCCACACUUUGCCGCGGCUCACCCUCCAUUACCCAUGACAUUUUGCGGUCCCAGUUGGCCGAUGCCCUCGAAAGAGCUCUGCAGGGCGAUGAACGAUGUGUGCUGGACUGCAUGCGAUUCGCAGAUCUCUUGCUAUUACUUUUGUUCGAGGGGCGCCAAGCGUUGAACCGAGGAAGUAACAACCCAAACCAGGGGCAGUUGGCGCCACGACCCAGGCGCAAUAAUACCAACACCGAUCGCACGCAUCGACAGCUCAUCGAUUGCAUACGGUCGAAGGACUCUGAGGCCCUUCGUGAGGCCAUCGAAUCUGGCGGCAUUGAUGUCAACUGUAUGGAUGAUGUGGGCCAAACCCUUCUAAACUGGGCUUCAGCCUUUGGCACCUUGGAAAUGGUCGAAUAUUUGUGCGAGAAGGGUGCCGAUGUCAACAAGGGCCAGCGAAGCUCUUCCCUUCACUAUGCCGCUUGCUUUGGUCGCCCGGCCAUUGCAAAAAUCCUGUUAAAAUUCGGAGCCUAUCCGGAUUUGCGCGACGAAGAUGGCAAAACCCCAUUGGAUAAAGCGCGCGAAAGAUUGGACGACGGACAUCGAGAGGUAGCCGCAAUUUUGCAGUCACCUGGGGAGUGGAUGUCUCCCGAUCAUUCGCUACUAAACAAGGAUGGAAAGAAAUACACGCUCAUGGAGCCGCGCGGCGAUCCCGAAAUGGCGCCCAUUUACCUAAAGGUGCUCCUCCCCAUAUUCUGCCGCACCUUCUUGGGUUCCAUGCUCGGCAGCGUGCGACGUGCCAGCUUGGCCCUGAUAAAAAAGAUCGUACAAUACGCGUACCCAACGGUGCUUCAAAGUCUCAGCGAAACCAAUUUCAGCGAAGAUGAGGCUUCAACAUCUGGGCAAAAUGGUGGAAACCUUUUGAUCGAGGUGAUCGCCAGUGUCCUAGACAACGAGGAUGACGAUGAUGGUCAUUUAAUUGUAUUAAACAUUAUUGAGGAAAUUAUGUGUAAGACACAAGAGGAAUUUCUGGAUCAUUUUGCAAGACUAGGAGUGUUUGCAAAGGUUCAAGCCUUGAUGGACACUGAUGCAGAGGAAUUGUAUGUACAAUUAUCUGGAAGCCAGGAGGAGCCAGCUUUAACACCAAGGUCUUCGACCAGCGUUGUUGUCACGCCAAGAUCAACUUCAGAUGAUCCUAUGGAGGACGCAAAAGAGAUAUUGCAAGGAAAGCCAUAUCACUGGAGGGAGUGGAGCAUUUGCAGGGGACGCGAUUGCUUGUACGUCUGGUCAGACUCUGUAGCACUUGAGCUGUCCAACGGCUCAAACGGAUGGUUCCGUUUUAUAAUAGAUGGCAAACUAGCUACGAUGUACUCUAGUGGAAGUCCAGAAAACGGAAAUGAUAGCUCUGAAAAUCGCGGUGAAUUUCUUGAGAAACUCAUGCGAGCUCGUUCCUGUGUGAUUCCAGGAGUUGUAUCCCAGCCCAUUUUACCCACUGCGAGUGCCCUUCGCUUGGUUGUGGGAAACUGGGUCCUGCAGUCGCAUAAAACCAAUCAACUUCAGAUACACAACACUGAAGGGCAUCAAGUUACCGUGUUGCAGGAUGACCUGCCAGGCUUUAUUUUUGAAAGCAACCGAGGAACGAAGCACACCUUCACGGCAGAAACUGUCUUGGGUCCCGACUUUGCCUCCGGUUGGUCAACGGCCAAGAAGAAGCGCAACAAGUCCAAGACAGAAGGUCAGAAGUUCCAAGUUCGAAACUUGUCCCGGGAAAUUUACAACAAAUACUUCAAGUCGGCCCAAACAAUUCCUCGAGGGGCCGUAGCAAUUCUCACGGACAUCGUGAAGCAAAUUGAGGUAUCCUUUGAGGAGCAGCAUAUGGCGCCAAAUGGCAACUGGGAAACCACCCUAUCGGACGCCCUAAUGAAGCUGUCUCAACUGAUCCACGAAGAUGGUGUCGUGAGCGCCUAUGAAAUGCAUUCGUCGGGAUUGGUACAAGCGCUGGUGGCCGUUUUGUCGGUUAACCAUUGGGAAAACAAUUCACCUCGCUGCAAGCGAAACAAAAUGCAAAAACAACGAGUUUCCGUAUUCAAGAAAUGUAUACUCGAGGAUAACGUUGAAUCUGCAACGAAUAAGCCAAGGACUAAAAGUACUGCAAGUAUUUUGAUUCAGAAGCUUGUGUCGGUUUUGGAAAGCACAGAGAAGCUACCAGUGUACUUGUACGACACUCCGUGCACUGGCUACAGUUUGCAAAUCCUGCAGAAGCGACUUCGCUUCCGAUUGGAGCGUGCAGAAUGCGAAAGCACCUUGUUCGACCGUUCGGGACGAACUCUAAAAAUGGAACCCUUGGCCACAAUUGGACAACUAUCCAAGUACCUCCUAAAAAUGGUAGCCAAGCAGUGGUACGACCUCGACAGGUCUACAUACUUCUAUUUGAAAAAAAUACGGGAACAUAGGACCGGAACCGUGUUUUCGCACUCAUUCGAUUUCGAUGAAGAUGGGCUGUUGUUCUACAUUGGCUCCAAUGCAAAGACUUGCGAUUGGGUUAACCCGGCACAGUACGGCCUUGUGCAAGUGACCAGUUCGGAGGGAAAGACUUUGCCGUAUGGGAAACUGGAGGAUAUCCUAUCUCGCGACAGCAUCUCACUCAAUUGUCACACCAAGGACAACAAGAAGGCCUGGUUUGCCAUCGAUUUGGGAGUAUAUAUUAUCCCAACUGCUUACACACUGCGUCAUGCUCGCGGCUAUGGAAGAUCGGCUUUGCGAAAUUGGCUACUUCAGGGUUCAAAGGACGGCUUGAGCUGGACAACCCUGAGCUCCCAUGUGGAUGACAAGAGCCUGGUGGAGCCCGGUAGCACAGCCACUUGGCCCAUUACCUGCGCAACCGACGAUUCCGUGAGAUACCGUCACAUUAGAAUCCAGCAGAAUGGACGCAAUGCGUCUGGCCAGACCCACUAUUUGAGUUUAAGCGGAUUCGAGAUCUACGGUCGCGUCGUGGGAGUUGCCGAUGACAUUGGAAAGAGCGUGAAAGAAGCCGAGGCGAAAAUACGACGCGAGAGGCGGCAGAUUAGAGCUCAGCUCAAGCAGAUGACCACCGGUGCACGGGUAAUUCGAGGCGUCGACUGGCGAUGGGAGGAUCAGGAUGGUUGUGCCGAGGGCACAAUUACCGGAGAAAUACACAACGGCUGGAUCGAUGUGAAGUGGGACCAUGGCGUACGCAACUCCUACCGCAUGGGAGCCGAGGGAAAGUACGAUUUAAAGUUGGCCGAUUGUGAAUAUCUCUCUGUCUUCGAGGGAAAUCAGUCGAUGGUUACUGUGAACACAGGUGCAAAGCUAAAUGACAAGGGAAACACACUCACCUCACGCAAAUCGAGUUCCACACCAUCCCUGCCCGAGGCCACUGAGAAGAACCAGAACCCAGAGGGCGCGUCGAAUCAAACCGUCUCGGCGGAUAACUUGGCCUGGAAGCAGGCAGUCGAGACGAUUGCCGAAAACGUGUUUGCUUCGGCAAAGACCCAGAUAAUCUCAAACCAACUUGCUAUCAACACAUCUUCCUCGAGGGAAGCUCGAGCCAAGCACAAGGAGUCGGGUGCCAACCAAAUGCAUAAGGAUAACAUCAGUGGACCGUCACCAUUAAGUCGAGAGUUGGAGCACAUAUCGGACUUAUCGGCCAUCAACAACUCCAUGCCGGCAAUUAACUCUAGUAUUGUCUCGGACCUAGCCACUAUUUCGGAGAACUUAUCCCUAACUGAGCUCUCCAAAGAAAAUAUCUGUAGCGCUCUGACCACGCCAGCUUACAAACCCGCUGAGAGCGUUACUGCGAGUCAAAGCUCAAGCCUUCCUGAUGUACAGAGUUCAUCUCCGCGCGACAGUGAUAUCAAAAACAUAUCCAACAUUGAAGAGAACAACAAGAUGAACGCCAACAACUCGGUGAAUAAGAUUUCUAAGGACUUGCUUGCGAAUCUCCGAACCUCGAACAUUGCUAGCUGCCAGCCGGUGACACAACUUUCCACCGAGGCCCUCGAAAUGAUCGACAAAAUGCGCGAUGGCGUGGACAUGAUACGGAACAACUCCAAUAACAUUCUAUCCACGGAUCCUUUCCCAGUGCCCUGCACAAAUGUGGCAGUCGGUAUCAAAAAGACCCCGAAGGCUCAGGCACUGAUAAAUCCCGAUAGUACGAAUCAAAAACAAAUUAUAGUUGCAACCGAAGAAUUCCCAAGCAAGAGUUCAAAGAAGCCCAGUGUAACAUUGAAACCAGCCCAGCAGCCAAACGCUGUGCUGUCCAUUGUGGACAUCAAGGAUCCGCAAAUUGCAACCGAAAACGUCUCGGUACCCAGCCAGAUGAGCAUAAGUGUUCCUAAUCUGACAACCACUUCGGCCUCAGAGGUUCCUUCUACUUCGGAGGUGGCUACCCACACCGGAUUGCUGGAGACAUUUGCCGCAAUCGCUCGUCGUCGUACCUCCCAGGGUACCAAUAUACAGGAUAACCAGAUUAUGAAUGCAGAUGUGAAUGUGAACGAGCACGGCGAUCAGAACGCAUCUGGCUCAUUCCUCGGUCACUCGGUGACCAGUUUGGUCAAGCUGGCGCUGUCGAGCAACUUCCACUCUGGCCUGCUAAGCACCGCCCAAAGUUAUCCAAGUUUGUCAUCGAACAAUAGCGAAAACAUAGCCCCGUCGAAUCCAACAAAUACUUCUACGGGUCAGCAAUCGGCCUCCACCAUAAAUCAUACCCUAACAAUGAGUCUAACUUCCACAUCGAGUGACAGUGAGCAAGUGUCCUUGGAGGACUUCUUGGAGAGUUGCAGGGCGCCAGCUUUGUUGGGCGACUUGGACGAUGAGGAUGAUAUGGAUGAGGACAACGAUGAGGAGGAGAACGAAGACGAGUACGAAGAGGUGGGAAACACUCUGCUCCAAGUGAUGGUAUCCAGGAACUUGCUUACCUUCAUGGAUGACGAGGCUUUGGAGAACAGGUUGGUGGGUGUAACCAAGCGCAAGUCCUGGGACGACGAGUUCGUCCUGAAGAGGCAAUUUUCCGCGUUGAUUCCAGCAUUCGAUCCGCGACCGGGCCGCACAAAUGUCAACCAAACGUCUGAUUUGGAAUUAUCCCCCAUUGGCUCUGAACUACCCAAACCCCAGCAAAGCGGGCCGGAGACUAUUGAACAGCCCAUGCUUGGACUUAAAUUACGAGGUCCUGGAAUCGGAGGUAUUCCUGAAGUGGAAAUCGACUUGAACAACACCGAUUGGACCAUAUUCAGAGCCGUGCAGGAAUUACUUCAGUGCAGUCAGUUGAACAAGCUGGACAAAUUCCGAAAAAUAUGGGAGCCCACAUACACUAUUGUGUACCGAGAGGUUUCACCUGAGGCGCAGGAGAGCACCGGCUUGGAGUCGGAGGACUUCCCCCAAUCGCCGGACAUGUCAUCAAAGAGUGGUGCAUCAACUUUAUCUCCCAACUCUCCCAUGCACAUCGGAUUCAAUGUAGCCGAUAAUAACCUGUGCUCCGUGGACGAUGUUCUUGAGCUGCUUACUCAAAUCAAUGGUCUCAAUCAAUCCGAUAUCGAUUCGGACGUCAAGGAGCUUGGUGUUUCGGCCUUGUCCGAAGAUCUCUUCAUCAGCAAGAAAAUAACAAACAAACUGCAGCAGCAAAUUCAGGAUCCACUGGUGCUCUCAAGCAAUGCGUUGCCGAACUGGUGCGAAAACUUGAACCAAUCCUGCCCCUUCCUGUUCCCAUUCGAGACCAGGCAGCUGUACUUUAACUGCACAUCGUUCGGAGCAUCGCGCAGCAUAGUAUGCCUGCAAUCCCAGCGAGAUGUGACCGUGGAACGGCAGAGGAUACCCAUCAUGAGUCCUCGGCGAGAUGAUCACGAAUUCCGCAUUGGGCGUCUUAAGCACGAACGCGUUAAGGUGCCACGAAACGAGGAUUUGCUUAAGUGGGCAAUGCAGGUGAUGAAGACGCACUGCAAUCGAAAGUCUGUGUUGGAGGUAGAGUUUUUGGACGAGGAAGGCACUGGCUUGGGACCUACUCUAGAGUUCUACGCCUUGGUGGCCGCAGAAAUUCAACGCGCCGACCUCUGUAUGUGGCUGUGUGACGAUGACUUGGGCGAGGACGCCGAAGUCCCAGCGGAGAGCUCGGAGGGCAAUGCAAAACCUGUUGGGUAUUACGUAAAUCGAAGGGAGCACGGCAUUUUCCCAGCACCACUACCGCAGAAUACCGAAAUAUGCGAGAGGGUUCUCAAAUACUUCUGGUUCUUUGGAGUUUUUGUGGCAAAAGUGUUGCAGGAUAUGCGUUUAGUGGAUAUACCUCUAUCGACAUCAUUUCUUCAAUUGCUUUGUCACAACAAAGUCUUAUCACGUAAUCUCCAAAAAGUAAUUUCGGAUAGACGAAAUGGCGAUCUCUCAGUGGUGUCAGAAGAAUCCGAUUUAUUAGAAACCUGCACUAAACUACUGCGAACUGAUUCAAAUAAGACCAACGCAUUCGGUGGAAUUCUGUCGUUGGAGAAUUUGAAGGAAAUAGAUCCAACUCGCUAUCAAUUCCUACAGGAACUGCAGAACCUAUUAAUGCGAAAGCAGUCAAUUGAGUUUGACGAUACUAUAAGCGCAGAAAAGAAACAAGAACUAAUCAACGAGCUUAAGCUGCACACUCGCAAUGGCUUGGAGGUAUCUCUCGAAGACCUGGCCCUUACGUUCACGUAUCUGCCGAGUUCCUCGAUUUAUGGUUACACGCAGGCCGAACUGCUGCCGAAUGGAUCGUCUGUGAAUGUCACCAUCGACAACCUGGAAGCGUACUGCGAACUGCUCAUGAACUUCAUCCUGCAGGACGGAAUCGCUCAGCAAAUGAAAGCGUUUAGCGAGGGCUUCAACGAAGUGUUCCCCCUGAAAAAGUUGGCUGCCUUCACUCCCUCAGAGGCGCGAAUGAUGAUUUGCGGCGAGCAGUUCCCCCAUUGGAGCCGAGAAGACAUUAUUUCAUAUACGGAACCGAAACUUGGCUACAACAAAGACAGUCCUGGGUUCCAACGCUUUGUUAACGUUUUGUUAAGCAUGUCGGGAGACGAGAGGAAAGCCUUCCUCCAAUUCACAACUGGUUGCAGUAGCCUGCCUCCAGGAGGACUUGCGAACCUACAUCCCCGGCUGACAGUUGUUCGGAAGGUAGAUGCUGGCGUGGGAAGCUAUCCAUCCGUGAACACCUGCGUUCACUACUUAAAGCUUCCAGACUACCCAACUGAAGAGAUCAUGAAGGAGCGCUUGUUAACAGCAACUAAAGAAAAGGGGUUUCAUUUAAAUUAA